UGUCAGUUUCUAGUAUGAUGAGCAACUGUAUCCAUAUUAGAAUGUAGACCUUACAAGUUACAGCAAGAUAAUUUGCCUUUUUUUUAAUAUGGAAUUCAUUCCAACAUUUGCUUUAAAAAGUUACAACCAAUUAUUACAGAGGUUACUGGACGAAUAUCUGCAAACUACGAAAUCACAGCUCAAGAAAACUACUUAGAAUACCACCUAUAACGCCUAUUGCUAAACCUUCAUCUAUAGCAAGAGAACUGACUCUACAAAACUGUAAUUGCAUUUGUUGCUACUGACAAUUUCAGAGAUCCAUCCACUCUUGUGCAUUUUUUUUCAUCUAAUUCUGAAACUUUAUGAUUCUACAGUAGCUGUACACAUGUACUAGCAAUAAGUUGGAGAUCAGGUUGAAGUGAAAGCCACUACACCUGCAACUGAAGAACAAAGGAGCAAAGCAAAGAGGUGACCCAAAGAAACCAAGAAACAGAAGAGUGAGAAAGGUGACCCCAAUCCAAGGCUGGUUUCCCCCUGAAAGCCCCUACUGAAUGAUUAACAAUGCCUGGUUUAUUCCCUUCUCAUUAUGAAUUUGUCUUGAGACCAUGGGCAAGGGCAACCACCUCAAUUAUUAUUCCAUUCCCUACCACCACUGAGAGUGUUCUUACAAGAAGCUAGCCCAGGAGGUUCUAGCUUACACUGAUUGAUGCUCCACAUGAACACCACAUGCAUUUGUCCUGCAUGUCAACUACUCUAAAUCACAUAGCUUCCUUCCUACUUUUGUGCCAUGGAGUAACUCCUGGCCUGUGUUGGGCUACAGUUUUGGUUCCUAGUAAAGAAAUAAAACUAGUAAGAGCAAUGUACUUGUAUAUGAAAAAACAGCAAUGCUGAAGCUGAAUUUUACAUGGUAACAUCAGGAAUUUACUCCUUUCUAGUUUUUGCCUACUUGGAAGGGGAAGAAGAAAAAGGAUUAAGUUCACUUGAGGUCCCUCAAUUUGUCACCGAGUUCGAAAUUCGUCCCUUGAGCACAAAACCAGGUACAACGCAUCCCCCAACUUACAAAACCAUGCAAACAAGGUCACUCGGCAGUAUUGACAGCGGUUUUGGUUGACGUAGUGCCUAUGUGGCGUUGACGUGGCGCUUACGUGGCAAUUCCAUCCAAAAAUAAUAAACCCCGUGGGACCCACAUGUGAGUUUCAUUCACAAAUUAAAAAAAUGGUGGGCCCACGUGGGCCCCACAUGUCAUUCUCACCCCCUUCUCUUCUUCCUCCUCUCUCCCUAUCGCCCUCUCUUCAUCUCUCUCCCCUCUCCGACAACGCUCGUGGCCGCCAUCGACUAGCCAGCCACCGCGGACGCGCAACGGCCUUCUUUGUUUGCGCCCACUUCUAGCAAGGCCGCCACCGCCAACCAAAGCAGCCGACGACGACCACCGCGCGGCGAGGGAUCGGCGCGUAAGCUCGGCGGCGGGGCGAUCCGUACGCGAAAGGGAGCGCCGUAACCCUUCCCCUACCCUCUGCCUCCCCUCACACGCUGGCGGCGGAGGCGACGAACACUGCGCGAUGAGAGGCGCGUGCGCAGGUGAACAACCCGCACAAGACAUGGUCGUCUUCGCCUUCCUGGACGUUGUUGACGUGCUCCUCUGCUUCGUGUAUGGCUUCCUCUACUCCGUCUUCGAGGACAACCCAGCCAGCUGCUACUGCCACGGGAGCCACAACGCGCGGCACUGGAGGACGACAAGGUACCACUGGCGGAGCGCUUGCCGACACGCGCAGAUGGGGCUCCUCAGGGUAGGAGCGGGUCGCCGGAGACGGAGUGGCGCAAGGGGCAGAGCCCAAGGUGGUCGGACUGUGGCUGCGAGUCGUGCCGCACAUGGCAGCGCCAUGACAACGGCCGGCUGCACUUCGUCGUCAACCAACCGCAGCCGCCAAACGGUCUCAACUCUCAAGUCUCAACCGCUUCCGUUAUUUCUGUUACAAUAAUUCGUCUGCCUCCACCUCCCUCGGUCGUCGAUUCCAACCGGGGUCGCCGUCGUCGGUUCGCUCCGCCCGCCGACGAUCCGACAAACACGUCGCCGGCGAACGGUGUCUUGGAGGAGAGUCCAUGGAGCGCGUGCGGGGCAAGAGAAGGGCGCGAGGAGUCUUCCGCCUGCCGUGUGCUACGGCCCCUCCUCUCCGCCGUGUCCCGCUGCACCGACCCUCCUCCUCGCCAACCGCCGGCGCGGCCGCCGCGCCAGUAGUCCUUCCUUGCCGGUCGUGCUCCUUAAGAGGACUAGAGGAGAGGGUGAUCCUCCGGCCACCGGGGCACUGUCUUCGCCCCAGACAUCCGACCCCGGCGCGGUUGCUCUGUCUUCAUCCUCUCCCACGUUGCAGCCGCUCCACUCCGCCUGCUCGGCCUGAUUCCGCUCCCUCUCCGCCGUCGCCCUUCCUGCCGUGGAAGCCUUCAUUGGUGGAGUCCCGCGAUUGGACGCAGCGCUUCUUCCAGGGCCUUGGUGUCGGCGCACCCCUCCCGGCUCCCGUGGAGCUCCAUGGCACCUACUCUGCCCUCGUCCGCGGCGUCCUCUCCUCCUCCACCGUCUCCGCCUCUGCCUCCCCGUGCAUCUCCUGCACGCUCAGACGCUCUCCAUCUCCCUCGCCGCCGUCGUGAGUCCCAUCUCCUCUUGCUCCUCUUCCUUGCUCAUGGUGGCGUGGUGGCCGUCCGAGUCGGCAUGUGAACCGAGUCAACGCUCCACGUCGGACGCCACGUCAGCAAUACUGCUCACAAUACUGCCUUAGGACCUACUUUGAACUGGGUCUGUAAGUUCGGGGACCCGUCGUACCCGGUUUUGUGUCGGAGGGAUGAAAAUCAGACAGCGUGACAAAUAGAGGGACCCAGAGUGAACUUAUCCGAAGAAAAAAGACCAAUCUUAAGCAUACAAUUGUACUCCCUUCGUCCCAUAAUAGAUGACGUUUUUGACUUUUUAUUUGCAACGUUUGACCAUUCGUUUUAUUUGAAAAAUUAGUGCAAAUAUAAAAAAAGAUAAGUC